AUGUCGACGCUGCAUCCCGCGUUCCACCCACAAGGGAUUGACGCCUGCUCCGCUGGUGAGAUGGUCGCCUUUGGAUAUAUGCAGGACUUUGCCGUCAUUCCCAUCGUCAUUAUCCCGCUGUUGAUCUCUAGAAGACAGGGGAGAUGGGUGCUUUAUAUGCGCCGGCUGGCAUUUUUGUGCGUCUGUUUUCUGACUACCCAGACUAUCCGCUACAGUCGCUGUUCGCUGGGGAGUAACCUCGUCAUUGGGAUCUGGUCUGCGUAUCUCGCUAUCUGGAGCGGCGUGUUUUUGGUUUUUCGAGACUUUGAAGAGUGCUUUAUGCGAGUCGAGGAGCACGUCGUUAUGGAAGACAUCCAGCAGUCCCCCUGCAAAGACCAAACCUAUACUUCUUCAGCCGCCAUACAGCAUGAAGAACCUUCCACAAGAAAGCGACACCAGCAACCAACAUCCACAGCACCAGCAUCCCAGAAGGUGCAUCUCCUCCGCUGGCAAAAAUACCCAGACACUCUUCUCCACCGCUUCUUCUGGGUCCUCGACAUGCUCCUCAGUCUCAAAGGCGCCGGCUGGAACUGGGGGCCGUCAUCGCAAUCGCUGUCUCUGCCGAGACUCCUGCCAUCUCGAACCCUCGACGACAGGAAAAAUCCACUCCGCGCUCUGAUGCUUACCUCCUCGCUCAAAUCCCUAGCUCUAUACCUGCAAAUGCUCCUUCUUCAAGCUAUUGCCCUGAGAGACCCCUACUUUUGGGGUCCCUAUGCCCCGCCCUCUCAUCAGCCGGCUCUAGUACCACAGAGCGCCUUCCAGCGAGCUACUAGAGCAUGUCUAUCAGCAGCUAUGAUAUGGACUUCAAUGGCGCUUAUUGCUUCCUCGCUAGCUCUCGCUCAUACACUCAUCACAGCCUGCAUCCGCUCGUUCCGCAACAAGACAGGCACAGUAGCCCUCGAAUCCGCAUGGCUCUCACAUGCCGAUACUCUACUUCUCCCUGACACAGACACCGAAGCACGAUCACCACCCACCCCCCAAACCACAGCCACUCUAGAAUGGUUCUGGGGCUCCUUCUGGCACCAGACCUACAGACAAGGUCUGGUAGAGGCGUCGCGGUGGCUCUUAACACCACUGGCAAAAACACACAUAGACAGACGCUUUCGCACCACCGUCUUCCGCUUCUUGGUCUUCUCUCUGAGCGGUGCCAUCCAUUGGUGUGGGCUGUAUACCGGCUUGGUGCCGGGGGGUGGAUCCCCGUCGUGGCGGCCGGUUUUGUUCUUCGCGGUGCAGCCGGUGGGGAUGUUUGCUGUGGGGUGGUUGAGGGGGCUGUUGCUGUCGUCAGGGAGAAGUGAGAGGUUGUGGAGGGUCGUUGAUUUGGGGGUGACUUUUGCGUGGUUGGUGGGGACUGCGCCGUGGCUUUUGGAUGAGUUGGCGUGGACGGGGACUUGGGUGCUUGAUGUGCCGGGGUUGGGGGAUGUUGGGAGGAUGGUUGGGUUGGGGGGGUGA